AUGGCGAUGACAUUCAGUGCGAAACAAAAUUUUAUACUUGUUGGAGUUUUCGGACUUUUCACGGUAGCUGUUAUGUUCAUACGGCUGCUCAUUCAAAAGAUCCGAAAACGGUCUUUCGGCGCCAGCGACUAUCUCACAAUAUUCGCUCUUAUUUGCUACUGUGCGGUCACAGCAAUGACCGUCCUGAUCUUUCUAUGGGGGACUAAUGUCAUCGACCCGCGCGAUCGGAUGGGGAAACAAUUUACCAUAUCUGACAUCCAUCACCGAGAGAUCGGAAGCAAGUUGGCCCUAGUAGGUAGGGUUGUAUGUACUACCUAUCUCUGGACCCAAAAAACCAUCAUUCUCGCUUUGUACACGCGAAUCCCUCCAGGGUUACUAUGGCCGAACCAUAUAUUGAGCGCUUCCCUGGCUUUAUUAGCUAUAACUUUCGUCCUAGUACAAGUUAUCUCAUUCAGCGAAUGCUCCCCUUUCCAACUCUACUGGCAAGUAGAACCAGAUCCAGAGCAUUCACCAAGGUUAACGAAGGAGAUAGGGCCCUGUGUCAAAACCACCUUGCACUCAUUUGUACAAACCAUUACAAAUACCCUGACCCACAUUUUGCUUCUCGCCAUCCCGCUUCGUUGGGCCUUUCAAAGACACCGGCCUCUCACAGAAAAAUUACUCCUCGCCUUCCUCUUCUCCCUGGGCAUUUUCCUAAUAGCCGUCGCGUUAGCCCCCCUUCCCAUACCCGGUCACGACGCAACCCGCAGCUAUCAAAACGCCCUUAAGCAAUCAGAGGCACUCCUGGCCGCAUUCUUGGCCAACAUCAUCACCAUAACCGGGCUGGAUAGCCCGUCGUCGGACGAGGACGACGCCCCCUUCUUAUCUUCCAACGCCAAGCGGCGCUCCAAUGGGAGUGGGUUCAGGGCACUAUUUGAUGGGGAAAUCGUAGUUACCAGCAACUUCGAGCUGCAGUCUCAGACGGCCAGUCCCGCACGGGUUCGGCAGAUGUUCCCGCGGCACCCCUGGACGGCUUUCCAGCGGAUAAGUAAUGAGAAUCUUAUUAUCCGGGCGAAGGGGGGUCGUGAUUCGCGAGAAUCCAAAUAA